AUGACGGAUUUACCAUUCACAGAUGUGGCCUCUCAUGUAGAAAGGACUUACACUAUCACUGCUUUGUCCACCACAGUCGUGCCCAGCACCUCAAUGCCUCCAGUGUCCACCACAGUCGUGCCCAGCACCUCAAUGCCUCCAGUGUCCACCACAGUCGUGCCCAGCACCUCACCCAGCAGCAGUCGAACGAGAAAGCGAGAGGACUUCCUGGAGUGGCCUGAGUAUUUCAUGGCUGUGGCGUUUCUAUCGGCCCAAAGGAGCAAAGACCCAAACUCGCAGGUGGGUGCGUGCAUCGUGAACCAGGAGAAUAAGAUUGUGGGGAUCGGCUACAAUGGGAUGCCAAACGGCUGCGAUGACGACCUCCUGCCCUGGUCCCGGACUGCAGACGACCAGCUGGACACAAAGUACCCCUACGUUUGCCACGCGGAGCUCAACGCCAUCAUGAACAAGAACAGCGCUGACGUCAAAGGCUGCACCAUGUACGUGGCGCUCUUCCCCUGUAAUGAGUGCGCCAAGCUGGUCAUCCAGGCAGGGAUCAAGGAAGUGGUGUAUUUAUCAGAUAAAUAUCACGACACUCCUGGUAUGACUGCGUCGAGGAGGCUGCUCAACAUGGCAGGAGUCCAGUUCAGACAGUUCAAACCCAAGAGGACAGAGAUCGUCAUUGAUUUUAAUUCCAUUAACAUCACUGGAACACGGAGCAGCAGCUGCCAGUAA